AUGGUGUGUACGAACCGGACAUGCACUGCACUCUCUCCUAUUUCCCAGAAUCAGUCCGUCGACGUCAUCACAAAGCGGUUCACUCCCAAGAUUGAUGCUCUUCCCGCCUCGCGCUCCUCGGCUGCCAACACCACACGGUCCGCACUUCGAGCCAAACUCGCUCACGCCAGCUCCACCCUACUCCGUUCUCCGUCACUGUCUACCCGCAAGUCUUGUCCCACCGAGCUUCCGCUUGUCAACGCAAUGCCCUUUGCUUCUAGGGAGAUAGCGCAGGUCCGUGCCGGUCUCAAACGCAAGAAGGGCGCUCGAGAACAGCUCGGCGGAGUGGCUCAUGAGCCCACCCAAAUCAACAGGUCUUUCGAGAAACUUGAGGUGGAGGCUUCCACUGCAGACGGAUCUCGCCGUAUAGCUCCACGCACGCCUCGCAGGCGCAGCGGCAAGCAGAUCCACAUUGUGACUUCGCCCCACCUUCCUCGCGACAAGCCUUCCUCCUCUGCCAGCGAGCUGUCCGACUGGUCGUCCGUCGUUUCUACAUCGCCAACAGCAUCUCGGGUACCCACCUCAAGGGCUGAAGAGUCUGCUGCGGUCCAGCUGUCUCGUCCCGGCAUUCAGACUCGACGAUCGAGCCGCAACUCACUCUACAAAACACUGGAUGGCAUGACGCUCGAGGAUAGCUUGGCAUCCGUACGUAGUUUGGCCAGGUCCAGCAGAUCUCAAUCUCGGUCGGUGAGCCGGAAGAAUAGCAAUCUCAACGCAGGCAAUGAUAACGAGACCGGCUUUCCUUCUGCGGCUUCACACCGCAUUGUCAGUGCACACAAAGUGCCUGACUCGGAGCUGAGCAGCGAGGCAAGCAUUGACAUGGACGACAAAGAAGCAGAGCAGGCACGUCUCGUCUCGUCCGCACCAACCUGGCAGCUCCAUCGUUUGCGCAAGGACGAACUCGUGCAGCUCUGCCUUUCAGCUCGUGCUUGGGACGCCUCUCCCACCGACGCUGAGCUCGAGCUCGUGACCAAGCAGGAUCUCGUCAAUCAGAUCAUCACUUGCCGGUCCCGACUCGAUCACUCUCGUUCCGACGAACUCCAUGCGUCCACCACAGUGCAGCGACAGUCUCGCUCUGUUCGCAGCUCAUAUCACACGUACAAGCAGCGUUCCAAUGACCUGCCUGACGAGCAUGCAGAUGAGAGCGACGCAUUGUGGAUGGCCUUGCCAGCUCGUGAAUCUUUGCAUCGCAGUGCCCGAUCAUCUCUUUGCGCUUCUCCUACCGGCUCGGCAGAUGAUGACGAAGCCGACCUGACCGAUGCGUCCAACGAGGCAGGAGGCGAAGAGACCGAGGCCGAACCUCACGGUUCUCCCAGCAGCCGACGGCAUAUGGGCAGACCCUCACAAGCCCGUCUCAAGGCCUACGAGGGAGGCGCUCUGCGACGCAUGGACUCGUCCACGUUUGACGAGUUCGAGCCUUCCAAAGCUAAUCAGGCUCCGCGUCGUCAGCUGCGCGACAAGACAACCUUGCGAAAUGGCGUGGCACGUCGGCAGCUCAUCGGCAAUGCCUCCGAAGCCAUGUCUGCAUCCACCUCUUCUUCCAUCUUUGGAGGUCGCAGCUCGCGCGCUUCUAACACUUCGCAUUCAGCCUUCGUGCAAAGGCGCCAACUUGGCGUCUUUGUCGCUUCGUCGCCCAUUCGCACACGAUCACGCACCGCUCGCCUUACCGCGGGUCUGCCAUCAAGGCGAAAAGUGGGCACGCGCGUCGUCAGCGCUUCUAUUGAUGGCGCGUCUACAGGCCCCGAUCCCAUGGCAACGCCCAAAGUCGGCCAUCGUCUGCCGCAGCGUACCAAGAAGUCGGUCAAGUUCUGUGCUGCCUCUCCUGGUCAACAUGGCGAGUACGAUCGGGAUGAGUGGAUGGAGGACCUAUCCUCGGGCAGCGAUGAUGUUGCCGUCGGUCUGCAAACAAGAUCAAUCUCCCUGCUGCAAGAUGAACAUGAGCACACUGCGGUGCGGAACGCUCCGACGCGAUGCAGUACGCGAAGAACACUCCGCACGAGGCGGUCGACGGCGGAAUCGGAGGCAAGCUUCACUUUUCACCCGCCUCGCAGCCGCAGUGCCUCGUCGGAGGCAGCAUCAUCUGCUACCCAGGAGGACGAUCUAGUCGCCGAGCGCGACGGCGAUGUCGACAUGGCCAACAGUGACCAUGGCGACGACGAUGUUGCGGCCACUCCGACCAAGUUCCGCAAGCUUCGCAACGGAAAGCUACGUCUAGUUGUUGGCGCAUCGAAUGGAGACAGCGACGUUCGUACGAGCGGUAACGAGCAACUGGGCGAUGUCGACAUGGAAAGCGCAGCUGAGCACGCAGACAGAAGUCGCGAGCAACGCACCGAAUCUCCGGACAGCGACACAGCGCCAUCGGAGGGUCUAGAUAGUGUGAUGGCUCAGCCUACGUUUGCGACGCUCACACGUCUGCGCAAGUCCGAACUGGGACAAUUAUGUCUUGACCGAGCGAUCGACAUGGAUGGGGAUGACAAGAAGGCAAACUUGAUCAAAAAGUUGCUGGAUUGGUUCCAGCUCUCGGAGCUCGAUGCGGCGAAGAACGCGGAUUCUGACGCGGACGAUGGCGACGAAACACAAUCGGACAUUUCGAAUGCCACCGCUGUGGCUCAAGACGAUCAAGCUCAGGCUGGCCAACGCACUCCUACUAGGCGACGGAACACGCGGGCUACAAGCAACGCACACGCUUCGGCAACCGACAGCGAUCAGCCCUUGUUGCUGCGUGCACGCAGCACGAUGGUGUCUUCGGAAAAGCUGCUCACACCUCCGCUGACCUCGAACAACGAAGAGGCGGCUGCGCCGCAAGUGGGAGAUGGUGUUGACGAGCUCAACGGUCUGGACCUAGAAAGCCUCAACCUGACGGACAAGGAGAUUGCACCGUCCAAGCUUGAGAAGCUGGAAAAGAUCGGCUCGGGCGGGUUCAAGGAUGUGUAUGUAGGCAAGUAUCGCAUCUCGAAGACGCGCGUCAACAAGGUGGCUAUUGCCGACAUUCGCGACCAGCUGACCGAGAUGGACAUCAAGGAGCUUAGCCUGCUACGUGAUCUGCGCCACGAAAACAUUGUGCGUUUCAUCGGCGUCAGCAUCCCCGAGGACCCGCGCCAUGUUCCUUGUAUGAUUGUCAGUGAGCUGUGCUCGAAUGGCGAUCUAUUUGACUAUAUUCGCAACACGGCGGCGCCAAGCGAUGCCGAGGUGUUCCGCAUCCUGCUCGAGACGGCGCGUGGGCUCGAGUAUCUGCACACGCGGACGCCAGCCAUCAUCCACCGUGACUGCAAGUCGACCAACGUGCUCAUCACGCGACGCAAGACGGCCAAGAUCAACGACUUUGGGCUGGCACGCGUCAAGAACACAUCGCGAUCCAUGAUGCGGUCGUUGGUGGGGACGGUCAACUGGCAGGCGGUGGAGCUAUGGGUACCCAAACCGCAAUACAACGAAAAGGUGGACGUGUGGUCAGCGGCUAUGACGUUCUGGGAGGCGCUGCAGUGGCACCAGCCCGAGAAAAAGUAUCCGUUCCAGGGCAUGAACGAGCAUCAGAUCUACCAGGACGUGGGUCAAAAGAGGCAGCGUCCCUAUACUGGCUUCAUUCGACGUCAGUUUGGUGACGAGAUUGUCGACCUUCUAGAUCGCAUGUGGGAUCAGACGCCCAAGAAUCGGCCGAGCAUGACCGAGGUUUGCAACGAGCUCGAGUCGCUGAUCCAGAUGAAAAAAGAUGCAGCGGCAGCCACAGCAGCAACAGCGGGCAGCUCGAUCCGCUUCAGAGCUUGA